AUGUCUCACGUCGUCGUCACCAACUCCUUCGCGAAGACGUUCAAGAUCCCGACCACACCCACCAAGUACUUGACCGAAGUCCGGGACGAGGCCUGUGAGAAGUUUGGCGUCAGCAAAGACCAGUUCACACUCAAGUACAACAACAAGCCCAUCUCGCUCUCGCAGCAAAUACGACUCGCGAACCUGCCGCAAGGCGCACGACUAGAGCUCGUCCAGGCUUCGAGAUCACCCACCGUAGUCUCGGUCGCCCUCCAGCUGCCAAAGUCUCGCCUUACGCAGAAGUUCGCCAACAACACCUCGCUGUGGGAGAUCUUACGAUACUUCGAGAGCGGCGAUGGAAACAACUACAACUUCACAGAGCGUGCUGCACCUGAGAUGAGCGGGACGUCAGGCGCUGGGAGGCUAUGUUACGAGAUGCCUGUGAUUACAGUCAUGCCUGGUCACAGGGAGCAGUCAUCCUUCGUUGGGUUGCAGCAAACACUGAGCCAGCUUGGCUUCGACAGUGGGUCAGCAUUGCUGAAGCUGUCCUUCAAGAACACAGGCACGCCACUAGAGGAGGCCAUGGCUCAAAUAUCUCAGUACUUUAAGCCUGAGGAUCCUGCUGCCAGCACUGCGCCAAGUAGACACGCUGCUGACCCUGUUGUGUCGAUGCCGGCGCCCAGUAUUGACAAGGCAGUGCCCGAGGAAACAACCACGAUAGCUGGAGAGACAGUCACGAGCGAUGAGCCGGACCCCGAGCCCAUGGACGUAGACACGCAGCCGGCGCAGCCAGUGCCCCAGCCACCAGUUGUGCCUGCAGAGUCGGAACAAAACAAUGCAUCUGCAGACACCAUCAAUACCUCUCCCGCAGCAGCACUUGCAGUAGCGAAGUCAACAGCGACGCCAGAAUCAAUAGAAGCCACGACUAUAGCCCCACCACGGCCAUGUGAGCCUACGUCUUCCUCAGAUCAACCUCGCAACAUCCAGAUAUUCUCCGCCUCCUCUUCGGCAACACCACAGGCCGCACGCAACGCAUUCAACGAGAAUGAUUUUGUUCCCACAGUCGAACACGCAAAAAUCCACCAGGCGCAGCUUAUCAACCGCACACGCAACCAGCGUCUCCUCUCCGACAAGGAGCUCGAGGAGCAAGAGAGAGAACGACAAGCCAGAAUUGCAGCAGCGGCGAACAAGCCUCACUCCCUCCGUAUCCGCCUCCCUGACGGUUCGCUUGUGCAGAUGAGCCUCAAGAGAGAGGAUACUGCCUCCGUUCUCUACUCGUACGUCACCUCUUUCCUCGAGAAAAAGAACGAGCCCUUCGACCUCAAGUACACAAGUAGCACAGGGCGCCUCGUGCUCAUCGCGCGCGAUGAGAAGAGGCUUAUUCAAGACCUGCGUUUCUCGAUGAACGAACUCGUCACCUUCCAGUGGGCCGAGGGUGCCAGUGCAGAAGUGCGCGCGAGUCGGAAGACACUAGCACAAGAGUGGCAGGCGAAAGCGCAGACACUCAAGGUCGUGGAGCCGGUUCAGGAGGGACCAAAGAAGGUCGAGUCCAAGGGCCAGACGGUGGCUGAGGGAAAGCGGAAAGUGAUGAGCAGCGAGGACAAGGAGAGCAAGCUGAAGAACAUCCUAGGCAAGGGCCUGUUCAAGAGGAAGUGA